GGCUAAAAUCGCCCCUGCCCAGUGAGUUGACGUCACUCCAGCGCGAAAACUGCGAUCUGGAAGCAGUCAGUGAUCAAUAACUGAUCAAUAACCGUUAUUAGCAGCCGAUAAGGAGACCGGAUGGGUUCUGGGACGGAACACAGUUUCUAAGGGACCAGACUCUGAAGUUUUCCCGGGACUGCUGACCUCUGACCUCCACCAUGAGCUCCCGGGUGUGCAGGACCUGCGGGGGGUCCGACAUCGACGUGGACCAGGCCUGUGGCAGCACCGUGUGCACCGGCUGCGGUUCGGUUCUGGAGGACAACAUCAUCGUGUCCGAGGUCCAGUUUGUGGAGGGAAGCGGAGGCGUGUCGUCCGCCGUGGGACAGUUUGUGUCUGCUGAUGCAACUACAGUGAUAGGGUCAAAGAUCAAAGUCCUCCUUGGUUCUGUUUCACACAAGAGCAGCGGUAAAGAGUUGCGAGCCCAGAUGCUUCAGAACGGUGAGUCCUGUGGCUGUUUGGAAGCGGGAUGUCCCGUGAGCCACAGGCGAACAAGCCUUUGUGUAUGCAGGUAA